UGCACGCUAAUUAGCUUUUGCUUUGCAUUACAUACGAGAAACCAAAAUGCAGGGACUCAUGAUCGUGAGAAACAUUUCCCCAGCAAUAAUAUUUGCUUUUGUCCUGACCUUUGCCUUCGUCCAUGAAUCCAGCGCCCAAGAUUCACCACAAGACUACGUCAAUGCUCACAACGCAGCUCGAUCACAGGUUGGAGUCGGACCUAUUACUUGGAAUGCUACCGUUGAGGCAUACGCACAGAAUUAUGCUAAUCAACGUAAGGUUGAUUGCAGACUAGUGCACUCAGGUGGCCGUUACGGAGAGAAUCUUGCAUGGAGUAGUGGUGACCUCUCGGGAACGGCUGCCGUUAACCUUUGGGUAGGAGAGAAGGCCUACUACAACUACACCACUAACUCAUGUGCUGCCGGCCGCCAGUGCGGCCACUAUACUCAGGUGGUUUGGCGCAAUUCUGUGCGCCUUGGGUGUGCUAAAGUCAGAUGCAACAAUGGCGGCACCUUCAUCACUUGCAACUAUGACCCCCCCGGCAACUAUGUCGGGCAACGGCCUUACUAAUUGCAAGCAUGCAUGCAUCUACGUACGAGUUUAAUUUUAGAAGAUGACCUUAAAUAAGUGAUCAUGUAAUAUUAAUGGCACCAAAUUACUCUGAAUAAAUAAAGUGUAACUCGUGAAGUAAUAUUAUAUAUGAGGAGGUCAUACAUCGACUUCGUUUGCGUGGGCUGCCUUCCCCCCCA